AUGCACCCCAACACCAUCCUCCUCAUCGCCGCCGGCCUCCUCAACGGCACCGCGGCCUUUAGGUGCGCCAUCGGCUCGGCGGGAUCCUGCACCUUUCGCAAAAUGCCCACCGAGGAGCUGACGCGCUGCGCCAUCACGUGCAACGUCCGGGGCCUCUUUGCCGAGUGCUCCUGCCCGUUAAACUUUCCCAACCGAGCAGAAUGGAUAGACACGAUGCGGAACGAGUGCAUCACCCAGACCCAGUUCUCCUUCCGCAGCCAGUGCCAAAACGCCGACCCGAACAGGGUCAUCAGGAUCAAGAGGCCGGCCGAGUUGGAUUCGGUAUCGGGAUUGGAAGAGUAG